AUGUUGACUUCCGGUGGUGUCUGUGCCGUUCUGGACUAUGAGAUCGAUCAGCUCACGGAAUAUAUUGCUGAGAUGGCUCAACGAAUUGUUCUUCCCAGUGGUUCCGUCUCGCCUGCUUUCCGCAAAUUUGUUCAGGGUUUGCUCACUUCAACACGCCUCCCAAGCACGACAAUCCUUCUCGGCAUGAACUAUCUCGCAAGACGGAUGAACAUGCUCAAGGCCACUGGACCUUGCAAAGUUACCGACGGGGUUGUCUGGCGAAUGUUGACUAUAGGUCUUCUCUUGGGAAGUAAGUUUUUGGAUGACAAUACCUUCCAGAACCGAUCGUGGUCAGAAGUCAGUGGUAUCCCCGUUUCCGAAUUGAACACCAUGGAACACGAAUGGCUGGAAUCGAUGGAAUGGAAUUUGUAUGUCAACCUUGAUACGAGUAAGGACUUCAACGCGUGGCUGCAAAGCUGGAACGAGUGGCGCGAGGGUAAGAACAUUCAACGUAAAGCGACUCUUGAUCGCCUGGCGCCCAUGCCUCUUGCACCAAUCGACACGAAUGUUCAACGCCCUCGUCCAUAUUCUCAAGCCUACAAUGCGUAUCCCAAGAGUUCUUCGCGAGAGCGUCCUCAGUCUGGAUUCCAUUCUGGUUAUGAUCAGUCGUCUUGGGUCAACUCGUAUCCUACACCACAUCUCACUCCUCCCUCCGCUCCAGACUCGGGACUCAAUACGCCUGAGUACAUGAGUGCCACUGGCGGAGCUCCUCGAUACAACGAUUGGGCCGUGUUCAAUCAGUACUCGAGAGGUUAUCAACCACAGACACAUGCCACAUAUGUUUCCACACACAUCAACCCGCAACUCACUCCGUUCACUCCUUAUGACAAUCAUUACGGUCACCAUUAUGGGAACAUCUGGGAUCACAGUUCUGCGGAUUGCAACUGUGGCAGCUGUAACAUUCAGUCCAAGCAACCAUACUUCAUGAGCCAUGGCUAUGGGCAGCAGAUUGUCGCCGGAUAG